AUGCAGUUGAGAAGGUUUUUGAUCUUCUUAAGGGACUCUGGAAAACGGCUUGUAAGUCUUAAGAUCACCAACAACACCGGCUACCGACCCCACGCCAGCCGCAAUCGAUAUAACCAAACACGCCAUACUAAGAAUUUGCAAACACAACCACCUCGAACUCCACUUAGCCCCCAAUAUCCCCACGACAUCGUUGAAAAACGGCAUAAGCAUCGAGAUCACGGUCGUGAUCACCACGAAAAUCGUCCUCCAAACGAGCCUAAACAAGCUAAGCUUCAAGGGCUUGUACCCUGGAAUCGGGAUCGAGACUUCUUUCGUGAUGAAUUUGUUGUCGGGAAAAUAGUUGGAUGCCGCUUUCUCGACGAAGGCAAAGAGGGGUUGGCAAUAGACUUGGUAAGCUCCGAUGAGGUGGAUUACAAUUGCGGCAUUGGCAAUGUCGAGAAGCCAAUAAGGGUUAUAAAAACCGAAGCCCGUGAGAAGGUUCCCCGGAGAAAGGUCCCCGAACGCCGCAUAACCGAAGCAACCGCAAAGCAUGAUAAGAGAGUAAGAAUACGCAAAAGCUAUGGCACCAAGAGCUUGAAAGCUUCUCCAAAUCUUUUGCAUUUCGCCGGAGGCGGUGGCCGUGCCGAUGCUAAUUCCGGUGAGGCUCCCCCUGAAUUCACCGCGACUUUUGCGAUGCCAAGGCCUAAGCCGAUUGUGGAAUAA